AUGAUUCAACAAGAUAAUUCUCAAAUAAAUCAAACAAUAAGUAGUUUAGAUAUAGCAAAAGAAAGCUUGGAUAAAAUAGAAACAGUAUUAAAAACCAAUGGAUACAAUUUAAAUGAUUCAUCAUUAAAUAUUGAAUUUCCAACUUUAAAAGAAAUUAGAAAAUGGGUUAAUCAAGAUGAUAAAAUUUUAAAAAUUGAUUGGGAUAAAGUUGAAAAUUGUUUUGCUAUUAUGUUGAAUGAAUAUUUGGAAAAGACUAAUGAAUUAAAACGUAAAAUUGAAGAUUGUGCUGAAGUACGUAUAAUAACUCGAUUUUCUGGUGGUGAAUUACGAACUAACUUUUUAAUUAAUACUUUUCUACCUAUAAAUCCAAAUCCUUAUUUAAAUUUUACUCGUUGUUUAUUUAUUGCAUCAAUUGGAAAUCCUGAACCUCAAUUUAAAGGUACAAGACAUAAUGUUGGACAUAAAUUAAUGGAUCAAUUAAUUGAAAUAUACUGGAAAGAUCAUUUAUACAAACAAGGUUCUUAUUAUUAUUCCAAAAAAUAUCCAAAUUUAAUUUUAUUUAAAUCAAAUGAUACAUUUAUGAAUUUACAAGGUAGACCAAUUCAAAAACAUUUUCAACAAUUUCAUAAAAACUCAAAACUAGUAAUAUUACAUGAUGAACUAGAACAGCCUUUAGGGAAAUAUCAAAUUAGAAAACCCGGAACUUCGUCAAGAGGUCAUAAUGGAUUAAAAUCAAUUGAUGGAGUUUAUAAAAAUAAAUAUACUAAAAUUGGUAUUGGGAUUGGUAAACCAAGCUCUAAAAAUAUAACUAAUUAUGUGUUACUGAAAUUUGAUCCAAAGGAAGAAGAAACCCUUGAUUUUGAUGUCUUACCUAAUGUUGUUAAAGAUUUAGAGAAAAUGAUUGAACAAGACUUGAAAUUGUCCAAGCAAACCGAGAAAGUUGAAGAAUCCACGAAUUCAAAUAUGUAA